CCGCGCAUCUCUCCUCUCAAAUUAAUUGAGCCCCGGCAGGUUCUCCUCUCCAAGGGAUGAAGGCCUCGAGCACCGCAGGGCCAUAUGCAUAUAUUUCCUCCAUCUCGGGCCUGCCUAUGAGCUAUAUAUCUCUCAUCAGGCGUUGCUGCUAAUACACCUCUCCAACCAGCUGCAUCGUGCGUGGAGCGUCUAAUGGUCGCGCCAGCUAGUGGAGGAGGACGACAAGGAGCAGAGCAAGUGGCUGCAGAAGCAGUAGCAAGUUAAAAAAAAAAUAGCAACCAUGGGGCCGACGGAUCUCACGCUCGCAGUGUUAAAAAAAAUUACUGACGGUUUCUCUGAGGCGCGGAAACUUGGUGCAGGCGCCUAUGGAAAAGUCUACCUGGGAGAGUAUGAAAACGGAGAAAACAUUGCGGUGAAGGUAUUUCAUCUUGACAGGGCAAGUCUUGACGACGAGCAAUUCCAGAAUGAGUUCCGGAGCCUUAUGAAGCUGGAGCAUCCAAACAUUGUAAGGUUGAUUGACUACUGCUACGAAACACAACAUGAGCAUGUGGACUACCGAGGACAAAUAAUUUUCGCUGAGAAGACAACUAGAGCCCUCUGCUUGGAGUAUCUGCGUAAUGGGAGCCUCGAAAGGCAUCUUUCUGAUGAAGGACUGGAAUGGCAUAAGCGGUACAAAAUUAUUAAGGGGACUUGUGAGGGUCUAAAAUACAUUCACAUGGAAGUUGAAGAACCAAUUCUUCAUUUGGACUUAAAACCCGACAAUAUACUACUAGAUGAAGAUAUGGUGCCAAAACUGGCAGAUUUUGGUUUGUCCAGGAUAUUCGACCAAGGAACUCAGAUCGCGGACAGUUGUAUAGGAACACUCGGAUACCAGCCACCAGAAUACAUAGACAGAAAACUGAUCUCAAAAAAGUUUGACAUAUUCAGCUUGGGUGUUGUAAUGUUAAGGACUGUCUCAGGAUGUAGGCGCUACUCCAUAUAUGAUGGCAUAUCUCCCGAAAAAUUUGUUGAUACAGUACUAGCAAACUGGAGGAAUAGGUUGCAGACAACAUGGAGUGGCUCCUUACUGGAUGCAUAUUGCCUACAAGUAAAGGUUUGCACUGAGAUAGCAUUGGAGUGUGUGGAGACUGAAAGAACGAAAAGGCCCAAUAUAGUGGAGAUCAUUGAUAAGCUGAAUGCGAUGGAAAAUCAGUUGGACGAGUUGAAACUUGACUGGCGGGGUUCACAUACGGACGAGGAAAAAUCGCCGUCCCCUCCACCUCCACCGCCGCCACCACGACCUGUGACUGCAGAUGCACCUAUUCAAAGUGAGACACGGCCAUACAAGGGACCAGCUGAAGACACUACCAUUGAGGGAAGACGCAGCCCCGAGAUCCUCAGCGUGCAUCCACUCCAGCUCUGGUGGUACCCCCGUUCAAUGAUCUCGCUGCACCUAUCCAACAACACAGAUGGCCCCGUCGUCUUCCGGCUCCUCAGCAAGCGCCCGAUGCGGGACUUCGUGGGGCCAACCUGUGGCGUGGUGCCUCCAAGCCCCAGCAGGUUCACUCUUCACGUGAGAUUGCGCAAACAGCUGAGCAGCGACGAGUCCAUCGAGCUCGUAAGCAUCAAAGCCGGCGGCCAGGAGCUUUUGCCACAGGGCGACGUUCGUGCGCUCGACUUCCUCUACCAGCACAGCAGUUUCAUCAACAAGGCCAGGGAGGCCGGUCGCGAGGUGCAAGCGGUGAAACUGACCAUAGCUGAAACGGCGGCAGCAGAGAAUUUCCGUCGCUUCUUCUUGGAUUGUUUUGCACCGGCGAUCCAGUGGUCUUGUAACGUCCUAAAACUCAAAAUAUAGGUAAAUAUGUCCUUGGAUUAGUUAUGCAUGUCUCGAAUUUGAUUCCAAUUUUAGUUAGUUUUCUAGAUUUUGGAAGUACAUUUUCAUAUUGCUCGAUGAGAUUUUGUACGAAAUACAGUAAAUGUAUUUGAAGUUUAUUAGAAAAUGCCCAAACCCAAUACCAGUCGGCUCAACCAAUCACGAGGUGCCACCCAUUGACUGUUUUAUUUUUUUUAACUCCCUUCAUUCUUUUUAAAGUAUAAGUUGGCUGCACUCAUGUAAAUACAUCAUAUGCACGUCCGCACACAUACACGGGUGCAUCAAAAUACAUAUCUAAACUAGAUUAGAGGCUUAGUCUCACAACAAAUUGACAACUAAAUCACAUAAUGGAGAAGGCAUGGUUGAAGCAUUUUUAUUGAAAGCAUACUAAAUUGAUGAUGCUAUCUUGGCAUCAUCACCCGGCCGUCUCUCCUUCUUUUU